AUGGAUUUGAGUAAUUCAAAGUGCGUUGUUAUCCAUAACGGUACUAGUACCACCAUUGCUGGAUUUAGUAAUAGUGAAAUACCUAAAUGUAUUAUACCAUCAAGUUAUUUAAAGAAAAAAGAUGGAAGUUUUGUCUUUGGUACUUUUGAUAUGAUGGAUUCUUUAGAAGAUGAAGGUGCCGAAAGUGAUAUAUUCACCAUUGUGGAUUCUCAACUUGGUGUUCCGUAUAAUUGGGAAGCGUUAGAGAAACAAUGGGAAUAUAUUUUUGAAAAGCAAUUGAAAUGUGAUCCUACUGAAUUACCUGUAUUGAUUACUAUCCCAUCAAGUAUAAGUAAAAAUGAAGAUAUUGAAAAUAAAGUCAUCGAACAAUAUUGUAAAAUUGCAUUUGAAAAAUUUAAAAUACCAUAUUUACAAAUUGUUAAUGAAUCUUUAUCUAUUUCUCUAGGUUUAGGUAAAAAAACUUCAUUAGUUAUUGAUAUCAGUGGUAGUGGCUCAUCUGUAACACCUAUUGUAGACGGGGUAAUCAUUAAAAAUGGUAUAGUUAAAUCUAAAUACGGUGGUGAUUUCCUAGAUUAUCAAAUUAUCAAAAAGUUUUCAACCAUUGACGAAGAUCUGGAGGAAGAAAUGACAAAUUCAAGUAACAUUUGGGUUAGCAGCAAUAGUUGGAUUAAAAACUUUAAAAAGACAAUGUUACAAGUAACUGAUAAGAAACUACAAGAUGUCGAAAAGUAUUACGAAGAACAGUUGAGAUUACAAGCUGAAUUGCAAAACCAAGGUAGUAUCACAUCCGUAGGGACCAAUCCAUUAUCUGUAAAGAAAGAAUAUUUAUACAGGAGUAGAAAAACAGUUACUUUUGAAUCAAGAGAAUUAUAUCAAUUUGGAGAAUACUUAUUCCAACCACAAUUAGCAUCUGAACAGUAUAACAGAGACGAUGGAUUAGGAGAACUUAUAUAUAGAUCGAUCACCUCUGCUGCUAUGGGUAACAUGCCAGCUGCAGUCGCUGCCAGUAACAAUAUUGGUGGUAGUUCCGGCGCUACUGGUGGUGAUAGCAAUGUCCAUACUCCAAGUAACGUUGAUUCGAUGGGAGUCGGUAGUGGUACUAGUCUUGGUACUUCAAUGGGUGCCAAUGGUGGUUCUGCAAAUUCUGGAAAUGCCCAAUUGCCACCACAACUGGCGACUACAGCCAAUGUUACCGAGAACAUUAGCAAUUUAUUAAACAAUAUUAUUAUUAAGGGCGGUACCUCACUAGUGGAAGGUAUUGAAACACGUAUAAUAAAUGAAAUAUCUAUGAGAUUCCCACAAUAUAAAAUAACUACAUUUGCCAAUCAAGUAUAUUUAGAUAGAAUGAUUCAAAGUUGGACUAGUGGUACUACGAUGGGUAAGCUGGGAGAAGUAGCCCUUGGAAACAACAAUAAAUGGUACUGUCGUGAGAUAUACGAGUCAUCAAAGAAUGAAGUCACCGCAUAA